AAACCACAAUCGAUGCAACCCUAAAAUUUUAAGCAAAUUAUUCGCCUCGUCUCCUCGCAAACCUCUCAUCUGCUCGCCGUUUCCCUCUCUUCUUUGCGACGGCGAAAAUGGUGGAGAACGGCGUCGAGCAGCCCCUGUUACAGGGCGGCGGCCCUCCUAAUAACGCCGGGCACGCAAAGCCGCCUCCGGGAGCUAGGCCGCCAAGGAGGUUCCGACGCUGCAGGACGGCGCCUUCCACCGACGCGGCGCAAGAAUCUCCCCCGCGGAGCCAGCAGGAGCCGAGCCUGCAGCGCGGCACCACCCAGCUGGCGCCGCCCAAGGAGCUUCUGCGGGGCGCGCGGCCGAGCUUCAGGCUCGUCGGCGUCCUGCUGCUGGCGUACCUCCUGGCCGGGACCGUAGCGUUCUACCUCGCCAUGGACCACAUGUCCGGCGACCGCACCGGGAGCCGCGUGGUGGACGCGCUCUACUUCUCCGUGGUCACCAUGACGACCGUCGGGUACGGCGACCUCGUCCCGUCCAGCGACGCCGCCAAGCUGCUCGCCUGCGCCUUCGCCUUCGCCGGCGUGGCCCUCGUCGGCACCUUCCUCAGCAAGGCCGCCGACUACCUCGUUGAGAAGCAGGAGGCGCUGCUCUUCCGCGCGCUCCACGCCCGCAACCGCAAGGCGCUGCGCGUCGUGGAGGCAAACAAGGUCCGCUACAAGCUGUACACCGCCGCGGCGCUCCUGGCUGCGGCGCUCGCCUCCGGCACAGCGUUCAUGGUCGAGGUGGAAGGGAUGCGCCCCGUGGACGCCUUCUACUGCGUGUGCGCCACGGUGACCACGCUCGGGUACGGCGACCAGAGCUUCUCGUCCGUGGCCGGGCGCGCGUUCGCGACGGCCUGGAUCACCACGAGCACGGUCGUGGUGGCACUCUUCUUCCUGUACGCUGCGGAGCUGGGCGCGGAGCGGCGCCAGCGGGCGCUGGCGCGGUGGGUGCUCAGGCGCCGAACCACCUGCACGGACCUCGAGGCGGCGGACAUGGACGGGGACCACCGGGUCGGUGCCGCGGACUUUGUGCUGUACAAGCUCAAGGAGCUGGGGAAGAUUAGCCAGGAAGAGAUCGCGGAGUUCUUGGAGGAGUUCGACGAGCUCGACGCCGACAACUCCGGCACCCUCUCUCCGCACGACCUCAUCGUGGCACAGCCCGGUUAGCGCGGCAAUCACUGGCAGCCAGCAAGGCAGUAGGCAGGUGGAGUGAGCCAGCGUGCAGCGUCUAGACUAUUCCUGACCAGCGUGCCAAAGACGUACAGUAUAGAGUUGUGUUGGUAACUUUGGAGCUGGGAGCCUGGGAGUGGGACACGCUGAAAGCUGCCUGUACUGCCAAUUCUGUAGCCCAGUAUUGUUUUCAAUAUUCUUU